AUGUUCCUCAAGCUCUCCCUGCCCCCAUUAGUUCAAGUGUCACAGUUCUUAGGUUUGAUGUCAUCAGAUAAGGCGAGGGCGGCGGCGGGGGCUGCACGUGCAGCAGGGAGCGCCCGGGGCUGCGGGGCUCCACGCCGGGGAGCGCCCAGGAGGAGGCGCGACCCGCGGGAGGCGACCCUCCCGUUACACGGGCCUCUUGCCCGCGGGCCCCGCGCUACAAAAGGGGCGCAUUGUCAAGUCCCAGGCCGCAGCAGAUUGCGGCUGUCCUGCCAUACCCUCGCACCCUGGCACCGCGCCACCGGCACCACCCGGGGGUUGGAAAUAGCUGCGCCGUUCCCAUGGCGACCAGGCAGCGACUCCCGCCCCCACCGCCCGCCCCAGGCCGGUCCCGCCCCGCCCGCUGCGCAGGUCCGCCGGCCCGCGCCACAGCAGCCUCCCUCCCACCUGGGCGCGCCCCGCCCCCGUAACCUUGGCAACUGUGGCCGCCGCAGGCGGUUGCGAAAAGCGCCUCCACGAACACCGCCCGGCCGGGUCCCGCCCUCCCGCCAGCUGCGCAGCGGGCAAGGGCCAGACCAACUCUCGGGCGGGGUCCCCGAAAGGCCCGGCCGCAGGCGCCGAGGGAGCCGGCGCAGGAAGCCUUCCCUCCCCGCCGCCGGCCUGCCCGGAAAGGCGGGAGCAGGGGAGGAAGCUCCCCGGCGGCCGAGGCUGCGGGAGCGUUACGCGGGCCGUGUUGUCUCCUCGGAGUCUUCCCCGGCCCCGCCUGACCUCCAGCCCCUCGAAAGCUUCCCGAACCUCCCCGCCCUUCCUCCGGCAAUGGGUGGAGGCUUUGGCCGAGGGUCCGCGGCCGGCGCGGCCAGGUGA